AUGAAGAUACCAUUAGAAGCUGAUCUGCCUGUUGGACAAAAUUUGUAUGAUCACUUGCUGUUUGCUGUUCAAUAUAAUAUCACUGCACCGUUAAAUAUUAACAAUAAAAAGGCAUCAGAACCAGAACGAAUUCUCGAUUAUAUUUUCAACAGAGAAGGAAUUUUUUCAAGAAACGAAGUUGAAGGAUUAAUUCUUCAAAAUGUCAACCCACUUUAUACAAGAGGUCCACAAAUUGAACUCCAGAUUACUAACAAGGCAUAUAAAGAGGGUUUAGUUCUUGAUCCAUACCUUGCAUUUAAAAAAGAAAUUGUAAAAGAACAUUUAAAACGUGUUGAUCAAAACAGUUUCAUAGUGAAAAUGUUUUUAUUACAACCAAGAAGUAAAGGUUAUUUGCGGCUAUCGACUAAAUCACCUUUUAGUUCUCCUUUUAUAGAUCCGCGAUAUCUUUCUCAUCCAGAGGACGUUGAGGACUUUGUUAGAGGCAUUCGGUUUAUGCGUUCGUUAGAACAAACUCAAGCAUGGAAAUCUAUUGGGGCUACUUUGGUUAGACAAGAUGUACCUGGACAUUGUAGUGAACAAGUCUUUGAUUCGGAUAAUUACUGGAGGUGUAUUGGACGUCAUUUCCUAACGACGGCAUCUCAUUGUAUAGGCACAUGUAGAAUGGGGUCAGUUAAUGAUCCUUCGGUUGUAGUAGAUUCAAGAUUAAGGGUAAUUGGUAUCAAGAACCUGAGAGUGGCAGAUGCCUCUGUUAUGAGAUAUAUUCCUUCAUGUCAUACAAACGCACCAGCCAUGAUGAUUGGGGAGAAAGCUGCACAUAUGAUCAGACUUGACAGAACUCACAGAUAUAACAUCUAA